CAAGACCAUACACACACAGGUAAGCAAGACAUUCAUGAGCAGUGAACGUGUGUAUUAUUAAGAGAAACUCUACAGCCGGUGAUAUACGAACACAGAACCAUGCGUCUCCUCUACUUACUAUUGACAGGCCUCGUAGUUCUCUACAGGAUUGAAGCUCAAACUAUGACUCCGAGAAUCUACUAUCUUCACAUCAAGUCCGAUAUCAGAUAUAGAUUUGCUACGACAGUCGUCACAAGUAAGGUUGUGAACCCUGACCUUAAGUCACAUGAAUCAACAUUUGACGUCACACUUCCCAACGAGGCAUUCAUCUCUAACUUCACCUUAACUGUAGGAACCGAGACGUAUGUCGGUAACGUCACGACAAAGGAGACGGCCCGAAAGGUGUAUGAAAAAGACAAGAGCCUAGGCAAAUCUGCGGCGCACAUCUCUGUCAAACCAAGGGAAACAAAUACGUUUAAUAUUCAAGUGAACGUUGCUGCAGAACAAAAAAUAACGUUUGAGCUACGUUACCAGGAAUUGUUACAACGGAAAUUGGGUUCCUAUAAUCAGGUGAUCUAUGUGAAGCCUGGAGAACCUGUAGCGGACCUAAGAAUUGAGGUGGACAUCGAAGAAUCAAGAAACAUAACUAAGCUGAGAGUUCCACCAAUCAAAAGUGACCUGUUCACAAUCAAAGAUCAGAAAGAUGCCGAUGAAGCCAUUAACAUAACACGUCCGUCUGGCGAGCGUGCACAUAUCUUAUUUACACCAACCCUCAAUACACAGACAGCGCAAGGCGGUCCGAAUGGUCUGGAUUGUCAGUUCAAAGUCAAAUAUGACGUGGAUAGGAAAACCGACGGUGGCGACAUCCUGAUGGUGGAUGGAUAUUUCGUUCACUUUUUUGCUCCGAGUGGAAUUGAACCAAAGCCAAAGGAUGUUGUUUUCAUUCUGGAUAAAAGUGGAUCUAUGCGCGGGAGAAAGAUGGCCCAGUUGAAGCAAGCUAUGUCCACCAUUUUGUCCCAUAUACCAACCGAGGACAGAGUAAAUAUAUUAACAUUUAGUUCAGGUAUUCACCGAUGGGGGAAUUUUGAAAAAUUUCUUCCUGCAACUCCUGCCAAUAUCAAACGGGCAACAACUUAUGUCAACCAUGUGUCUGCAGGCGGAGGUACAAACAUUGAGGGUGCUAUAAGAAGAGGGGUUGCCUUACUAGACGAACGGACAGACAAGACAAGAGCACCAGUUCUUAUAUUUCUUACUGAUGGGGAGCCUACGGUAGGCCAGAGAAAUCCAGCGAUGAUACUGAAGAAUGUGAUUAAAUUCAACGAAGACAAAAUUCCCAUUUUCGCUCUUGCAUUUGGUAGAGGUGCCGAUUAUAGUUUCAUUAAAAAAUUGGCUGCUCAAAAUAAUGGAUUUGGACGGAAGAUCUACGAAGACUCUGAUGCCGCCAUUCAAAUCUCAGACUUUUACUCGGAAAUUUCAGCUGUUCUUUUGCAAGACGUCACUUUUAAAUACCUGCCGGGUUCUGUAGAUGAAACAACCUUGACAAAAACGAUCGUUCCUAACCUUUUUGAAGGGUCUGAAAUUGUGGUAUGUGGAAGGAUAGCAAAUGAAGUGACGUAUGAUAUAAGGCCGAACGCCAUUGCUACCGGUUUAAACGGGCCGGUCAGUCUUGAAGUUCCAACAAACGGUGAAGUGCAACUCAACUUUACCCGAAAUACGGACAUUUACGCUGUCACAGAAAAGAUAUGGGCUUAUCUUACCAUUAAGCAAUGGUUGCAGCAGAUGGACGCUUCAACAAAUGAGAUUGAACAACAAGAAUUGAAAAAGAAUGUUACAACAAUGGCGUUGAAGUACAACUUUGUGACUCCAUUUACAUCAAUGGUGGUAUCCUUGCCUGACAAGUUACAAUCGUCGCCUGUAGAUCUUCUCCCAGACAGUCCUGAAUCAGUUCCAGCACCGUUUUCUAGUUCAAGUUUCCAAAGUCGUUCAGCCUCAACAGCUCGAGGAGCUCUUUUUGCGCCAACAAUAUUUCGAAAAGUUGGCAGAAGAGCUCGUCCAUCGAGAUUUAACCAGAAAAAGAUGGUAAGAUCCCACCCAAUCAUGUCUGCUCAACUUGAUGCCAUGUCCAAUGGAGCUUCUCUUGGUUCCAUGCUAGCAGGUUCAUCUGGUAGUAUCGGUUUGCCGCAAAUGCCUAAUAUAAACAGUAAUCAAAUAGCAUCCGGAACCCUUGGGGUUACUGCGACAUCGAUGACUUUCCCUGGUACCAUCUCACUUGGUCAAACCACAACACCAGCAAGCAGGAAUAACAUGAAAUCGACCAUACCAAGGCAUGCAAGUAAUUCCGGUUACACACUGGUUGAUGUUAAGAAUAUCACACUCCCUUUGUGCUUGGAGAACCCCAGUCAGGCGGACGAAACCAAGCGAUACACUCUAUUUCGGGAUUUAGACACGGGUACUGUUGUAAGCGUUGGGUUCACCCACUCCCUGAAUGGACCAACACGUAUCACUUACCUGAAAAUUGAUGCCCAGACCGUGACUGAAUUAUUCCCUACACACUUGGUUGAGAAUCGAGUGAUACGAGAUUGGAUUUCCAACACAUUUUACACUAACGUGCAUGGAAGUGAACGGUCAGGGGUCAAACUCGAGGUGACGUCACUUAACACCAACAGACUCAUCGUUGACUUUGAUUAUACGGAAAAUGCAUCACAAAACAUCGACGGAUCGUUAGCUCUUCCAAUAAGCGGUGAAAUUAAUGACAUCCCGAAUCUUCAUAGAUUUCCAAAUAUUCAAAUGAAGGAACUUUCUCUGUUGGCAAAGAAGAUGGGAAGCUUACGUCAGAUGAAAAUACCAGUGGAAUUAAGUAGCGUAAUGAACUGUUGGAUUGUUAGAUCUACUCUCCCAUGGAGUUUGCAGGGAACUGUUUGAUAGGAUUGCUCACACUGUGUUUAGUGCUUGUCAUAAUGGUUCAUUUUAGAAAAUUCCUUAGCACAGUAUUGUAAUAAGCAACUUAUGCAAACGAUUUAUGCUAUGAUCGACAUCAGAUCAAAUAAAGUAUCAAACAAAACAAUCUUAUUACGUUUUUACAAAACUAAAUAUCCUAGUCUGAUGUUUUGAAUGACUAAGAUUACACAUAUAUGUAUAACUCUAUCUAGUAUUAAGAUUAACAUUAUCUUAAAAGCAUCAAAAGAAUACAUCGCUUAACUUUAAAUGUAAUAAACAAAAAAUCCUCCACGUGAAAGAUGUAAUGAUUGAAAUAACACCGUGAACUAAACUGCGAAAGUAUUAAAGAUAAAAUGAUAGACGGUUACGUAUUUUUAUAAUCACAAUUUUAUCGUUGAUACAUCACAGUUAAUCAUAAUUCACAUCCUAUUGUUUCAACAUAAUAGUAAUGUGAAACGAUUUUAAAUGAAAGAUAAUAAUGUUUUGAGAACUGCAAUAUUGCACAAUGUGUACUAAGUAAAAGAGAUAGGAGAAGCUUUUUGAGAGUACUAGGAUAGAUGGAUAAUGUGUAUUGUUGGUCUAAUGACAAACGAUGACGGUGUGAGAUGAAGUUAAUCCUUAUCUUCGUCUUCUUGCAAAAGAGAGGAAGUUAAAUUUAUUUAUAAAUUGCAGUUGUAUAGAUUCAUCAGCAUGUCAGGCAAACGGAAAUUUCAUGAUAAUUUCUACCAGAAAGUUUUUGUCGUGCAUACCUUAAAUGCCAAAUGAUGAAUUCAUUUAAUUGUUUUAUUGCAUUUGUCUUCGUACAGAAUUAUGUCAAAUGAAUGGUUAGCGUUAGAUUGGUAAAUGGUUAUCAUUGUAUUACAUAUGAUAUGAUUGCAAAUUAAAGAGCUAUAUAAUUUAACAAUCGCCUUCCGUUUUUAUCAGGUCUAAGUAAACAAUGGGUGUCUUGUUUUUUUAUUGUAACUGGAGCAACACAAACUAUUCCCCUUACACUAUUGUACAUGGAUGUUAUACAAUGUUGAAUAGUUCACAAUGUAUACGAUCCUGUUCGCCAUGUUACAUUUUAUGUAAGGAAAUGUUUCACAUCGUAAUUUACAAAUUAUAUAUCUUGUCACUGGUUUUGAUAUAGUAUCUGGUCACUCAUUUACAUAUAAAGUAAAAUAAGUUCUUAUGCAUUCAAGAGCAAAAUUCCAAUAAAUAUUUAUAUAUCUAUAUAUCAUAGCUCCUUUGUGAAGUUGAAUACUUUUAAAGUGAUAUCAGCACCGAGUGAUCUAGAUGUUUAUAGCUACAGAUGCAAGUGAUUGAUUGUCUGUUGAUGGGUAGUUGUCAGUUGGAAAGAGUGGUGAGAAUGAUAUGUCAGCAUCAUAUUUAUGUAUCGGAAGUAUGUCCUGAAUGAGUUGUUAAUAUUUUUAAUAAAAACAUAAAAUCCUUUAA